UAAACCGCAAACGUUCGAAGCACAACAAUGUCGAGUGUUUCGUUCUCUCGAAUUUUUGAGACCGGAUACUAGCUUAUGGUUAGCUGUGCUGCUUAUUAUUAUUAUUAUUAUUAUUAUCGUUAUCAAAGAAUUAAGUACUUGUUAAAAAGCGAUACAUUUACAUCCGAAUUUGAAAUAGAACAUUACAUUUUCCUUUACCGCUUCCACUGGUUUACAAUGUGGAAAUUAAACAUUUUAGUUCUAGCUUGUAUUUGUGGCUAUUUGUCGGACGUGUGCAAUGGAGCACAGAAAACUGUGCACCGGAAGCUAAAGAAGACCUUCUCGGGUGUUUUGGUGGAUGGUCCGUUCGUGGUCACGGUGGUCUUCGGUGAAGAGGAAGAAGUGAUGCUGUCUGGCCAGGACACUGUCAUCCAGUCUGUGCAGACGCGCGUCAGUCCCGAAGGCACGUUGACAAUUCGUUUCAAGCCGGACACCAACAUCAAUGACCCGGGCAACAUCCAGAUCCAAGUUACGGCCAAGGCGGUCACCAGUCUCGUAGCGUCCAGUAAUUCCCAGCUGAUAACGCAAUCAGACUUCACCGCCAAAAAUAACUUAGCCGUGGCUAGUUACGGCUCAUCGCAAAUUAUUAUGCAAGGAACGGUAACAACCAGUUCAUUUAGCGCGGUUGUUUCAACUUCCUCCAGUCUGGUGGCAGCUGUAGCAGUUGAAACAGCCAAUGUCGUGGCCAGUGGGACCAGCGGAGUGACCUUGACUGGGACCGCGGACAAUGCCAACAUCGCCAUUUCCGACAGUUCCCAGUUUCACGGCGGUCAGUUGGUCGUUCAGUUUCUGAGUGCCAGUGUUUCGGGCAAAGCCAAGGCGGAAUUAAACAGCAUGAAGGAGCUGAAGGUGUCGGUAAGUCAGAGCGGGAUGGCCAUUACCAGCGGCUCGGCUAAGGUGGUCAAGGAAAUCAAGGAUAAAGGGACCAUUCUGCAUCAAGAUCUGGCUUAAUGGUUGAAAAGUGUACUGGUUCCGAUAACAGUUGACUUGUUUUUAAAUUUAAAAGUUCUGCACAAAAAACGUUGUCGUUAACAACGGGAAAAAUAUGGAGAAUUUAUGUGUAAACUGGGUAGGCACUCGCUAGAAAGUAUAAAAGAAACAGGAAAUAAUAA